GAUGGCGUUGGAGAGAUUUGUAAGUGUUCUCUCUACGUCAUGUUUGUGAGAUCUGUUCAAUUUCAAAUCGGAGUUUUAUGAAUGUAUGUAACGGUCAAUGUUGUGUAGUUUUGUAGUUCGAAAAAUAUUGUUUAUUAAGACAAAAAGACGUACUUCACGUGAAUUAAUUUGAUAUAAUCUCAAUUAAUUUACAAGUUUAUUAGGAUUUGCUUAAUAAAUAUAACGUUAUUUCAAUGAAGAGGUUUAUAUUGGAUAUUACAUACAAUGUGAAGUAGGCUUUAAAUAAUAAUUAUAUUAUAAUAGUUUUACUGAUACAUAAUUACUGUAUUUGAAAAAAAAAAUUCAUACAAUGGAUAAUUAUUGUGCUCCACAAUGGGUAGAUUUUACAUCUAGUCCACAAGUACCAUCUGAUGAUUAUUUUGAAAAAUAUCAUGAAAUUUAUGAACCUAAAUUAUGUACUAAAAUAAUUAAUCAGAGUACUGAAUCAGCUAAGGAGGUAUCUGAAAUUAUUGAAACACCCAAAAAAUCUGUGCAAUCAGAAAAUAGAUAUUUUAUAAAAUCUAUGUCUACUGAAAAUUUACAAACAGAAAUAGAUAGUCUCAAGAAUACACCAAUAAAAGUAAUAUAUCCUUCACCAUAUAAUAAUAGUAAACAGAAAAUUAUGAAACAAGUGAGUUAUGAAAAUAUCUUGAAUGAAGCUAUGCAAAAUGUUCAACUUUGUGAAGAUUUAUGUAAUGAUAAAAAGAAUACAGAUGUAUCAUCAACAGAAGAUAUAUUUAAGAAACCAAUACCAAUUAAAAGUAAAACUUCCAAGCCUGUGAAGAUUCGUGAAAUAGACAAUAAUUCUGUAUUGGUUUCAACCAAUAAACAAAUGCAAGACAUUGCAAGAAAUAUACUUGAGGAAGAAACAAAAAAUGUAUCUUUAUCUAGCAUUAAUAUGUUUAAACCAGACACAAGUUCAUCAAUAAAAGUUAUGAAAGAUUGUAGUAAGACAUCAAAAAUUGAUGAUCAUUUGAAAUGUAACAUACCACAAAAUAAUAACUUGAAAAAUGAUCAUUCUAAAAUAAAAUUAAAUAACAAACAUUUGAAAUUGAAGCCUUCUGAUUUGAAACAACAAUCUUCUGUGAUACAAAAAUGUUCAACUACAAAGAUAAAUACACAUAAUAGACCUGUUGUAACUCUUAGUCAGAAAGAUCAAGACAAAUCAAAAUUUAAGCAAGUAGAAAAAAAUCAAUCAAAAACAAAAUUUGUGCGAUGUAAUAACUCUGCAGAUUCCUUAGCUUUACAUGAUAAAAUUACACAGAAAAAUAUUAGAGUUGCAAAGGCAGAUACUACAGUAAAAGUAAAACAAACUCAGAAACCUUAUUCUUCUUUUUCCAAAGAAGAAAAAACAUUUUGUCAAAAGAACAGUGCAUCAAAAAAAAUGGUUACUACAAUUGUAGGUAAUACUGGAUCAGAGAUUAUAAUUAAAAAAGAAAAAAUUUUAUUUUUUGAUAUUCCUAUACAUACUAAGCAAAAGAAGAUUACAUGUCCAGUACCCUUCAGUUUUGAACAUCGCGAUAAAAUUAAAAAGCAAUUAAAACUAGAUCAAUCAGAAUCCAAAUGCAAUAAAUCAAAAUCAGUUCCUAAUCUAAAAUUGUUAGAUAUAUCUCAUAAAAUUCCGAGUAAGUUGUUUGAUACAAGAAAAAAAGCUCUCAUGAGUUCUUGUAGUAACAAAGAAAUUAAUGACAAAAAUAAAGAUAGUAAACAAUUUGAAGGAAAUAAAAAAAGUAGUACUGCUUACAUACAUUCAUUGCCCUCAAAUAAACUAAUGAAGACUAUUAAUCCAAUGAAAAAUAAAAUUGAGAAAAAGAAAACUCAAGAUGGUCAGAAUAAGAAGGAUACAAAUCAGGCAAAAAAAUCACUUGCAUCUAUUUCUUGUAAAAAUAUUCAAAGUAAUACAAAUUUAAAAGUUAAAAAACAGGAGAUAAUACAAAUAAAUAAAAAAUGUAUUGAGAAAGAAAAUAGGCAACCUAAUAUUAAUGUGUCUGUUAUAAAUAAUAGUACUUUAAAACAUAGCAAAGAUGUUAAGGUAAAAAGUACUGCAUUUAAAACAAAUGUCGAGGAGAGAGAAAAACAACGACGUGUAUUGGAAGAUAAAAUGAAGCAAAAGAAAGUUUUACAAGUGGAGAAGCUUAAAAAAGAAAAAGAAGAAAAGGAAGCAAAUGAAAAAUUGGAAAUAGCAAAGCUUCGAAAGCAAGCUGAGAUAAAAGCUAGACCAAUGCCAAUAUAUAAACCACUUAUUCGUGUUAAGUCUACAAAACCCUUAACUAAACCACAAAGUCCAGCAUGGUCAAGUAAGAGGAGAGUAAAGUCAACUUUAUAG